UGGAAAGUAUAGGUCGAUCUACCGCCAUGGCGGUGAGGUGACUGUGAGCUCCGCGCGCGCUCAUUUGGCCAGAAACGUGGAACCAAAUUUACCCAAGAAAAGAAACGUGGAAGCAAAAAGCAGAACAAGAUGCUGCGACGAAUCAGCCCCAUCUUGAAUAAUGAGCGGAGUCUUCUCAAGCUGGCUGCUCGCUUCGCAUCCACGAGAUCCAACCAUGGUGAUGCGCGCUGCGGGGUAGUGAUGAGCUUCGGCGACGGCAGCCAUGGUGCUCUGGGUUUACCACCUUCGCUUACAGGCGUCGGAGCCGAUGUUUACGAGCCGACGGUGGUCCCGGGGCUUCCAUCCAAUGUCACAGCCGUUAGCGCUGGCCACUACCACUCGCUAGCGGUCACUUCACGUGGAGAGCUCUGGGCAUGGGGCCGGAACGAAGAAGGCCAGCUUGGCCGUGGCAUUCUUGCGCCCAGAGACACUUGGCACGAACCUAAGAGAGUGCAGAGCUUGGAUCAAGUCCACGUUGCAGCUGCAUUUGCGUCAGGAGUGAUCUCUGCCGCCAUCGGAGUUGACGGCUCUUUGUGGGUAUGGGGAAAGUCCAAGAGAGGGCAGCUUGGUUUGGGUCCUGGAAUCACAGAGUCAGUAGUCCCCUCUAGGGUUCCAAGCUUUGCUGGAGAAAAGAUUGUUAAGGUCUCGUUCGGAUGGGGGCAUGCUCUCGCACUAACCGAGGAUGGCAAGCUAUACGCCUGGGGCUAUUCGGCAGACGGAAGGAUAGGAACGAUUGGUGGACUUUUGGAGGCUUCCGUGCUGGAUUCAGGCGGAGAUAGUGUUAAAGGCGACCGAUUUGAAGCUGCUGAAAGGCGAGUCUUGGAAGGAAUGGAAAAGGAAAAGGAAAUGCCAAUAGUCUGGGAGCCUUGUUUAGUCGAAGAACUGAAUGGAACCCAAGUUGCAGAAGUUGCUUGUGGGCUUGAUCAUUCCUUGGUUAUUAGCAGCGAUGGCAGGCUGUUAACAUCUGGAAGCAACACAUAUGGUCAGUUGGGUCGAUCAAAUCCAGACAUGGGAUUCUUUCCAGCCGACAUGGAACUUCUCCACGCCUCAUUCAUAGCAGCAGGCCUUGGCCAUUCUCUAGCAAUCUGCCAUGAAACUUCAUCUUCCAACAGCAGCAUCUUCUCAUGGGGUUGGAACAGAAGCUCGCAGCUUGGAAGAAUGGGAACUGAGCACAAACCACUACCGGUUGAGGCACUGUCGGAGGAGAUGCAACCUUUGUCGGUGUCUGCGGGGCGAGUUCAUUCCAUGGCUUUGGCAUCUGGAGGCGAGCUGUGGGUUUGGGGAAGUGGCAAGAAUGGCAGGCUUGGGUUGGGGAGCCCUUACGAUGAACAAGAACCAGCUGUUGUUGAUAGCUUGGAAGGUUGUGAAGUUUUGCAGGCUGUUGCUGGAUUUGAUCAUAAUCUGGUUUUGGUGGCUCAAUGAAAUGAGAAGUUAGGAGGUUCCUUUCGAUCAGAUUGAUAGGUUGAGAAUGAAUUUCAAAGCUCUUCGUAUCUUAAUGAUAAUUUUUCCUUUGUUUGGGGAUGGACAAGGUUAGUAAGUAUUGCUGAGAAUCAAAACAUACAGCUUUAUGCUUCUCAUGGUACUGCGCAAACAAUGAUAUCCCUUCAAAGUACUUGAAACUUUCAAUUCGUUCCCUUCAAGUGAUUAGUUGUCAUAACAAGUAUCUGGGAGUACCCACAGGGUGGGGAAGA